AUGAAGUCCUUCACCCUCGUCGCCGCCGCUGUGCUCGCUGCUGGUGUCUCUGCCCAGUACUCAGCCGGCUCUGUCUCAACACCUGUGCCGACUUCGAUCCCCGGCGGCUGCAACCCAGCGCACCCAGGCUCAUGCCCCACGCCGUACAGCGCAAGUCAGGUAUCGGUCAGCAAGCCCGCCUCUAGCAAGCCCGCGUCCAGCAAGGCCUCGUCUGCGCCGCCUGCCUCGGGCUCCAUCACCACGACCAUCACAGCGAAGGCUGGGUGUCCUACCGGCCCUGCACCUGAUGUCAUCGUCACGCGCUCCAACGCUCCCGUGCCGUCGUGCGAGGCCGGCAAAAACGCCACCAAGCCUUCCAUUAUGAGCAUGCCUGGGUACGGUCCCCCUGCACCGUCUGCUGGCUCCGGCAGCGGGAGUGGAAGCGGUUCCAACUCUGGCUCUGGCUCUGGCUCUGGCUCUGGCUCUGGCUCUGGUUCUGGCUCUGGCUCUGGUUCUGGCUCUGGCUCUGGUUCCGGCUCUGGCUAUGGCUCCAGCUAUGGCAGCAGCGGAAACGGCACCAAAUCCACCAGCACCUCAAGCAGCAAUCUCCCCGAGUUCACCGGCGCCGCUGGCCGCAACAUGGCAUCUGGCGCGCUCGUCGUGCUGGCUGGUGUCGCUGCCUACCUGCUCUAG